GUCCUCCCUGGCCUUGCCUGGUGCUUGGUGCCUGGCGUCCAGGGUCAUUUCCUUUCAUAACGACCACUGCCAUCCUUGCAUUAGCAUUUUCACUGCUGUGGGGGCAACACUCGAGUGAGCGAGUGUGUGUGUGUGCUUGGUUGCUUGCUUGUUACGGGCCUUAUUAUGCAGGGACUUGGGAAGACUGAGAGAGGGGAGCAGGGCCGAGACAUCGACCUGACAUCGCUGAGAUCCACCAUGCCAGCCAGCGGGCCCCUACAGGGAGGUUCAGCCUCUAAUCUGAACAUGAACCUGUAUGCCACUAAGAAGACCGCAGCGGAGGGCAUGUUGGACAUCGCUCUGUUCCUGGCUAACAUCACACACAUGAAGACUGUCAUCGAACAGGGAGCUGGAUACAGGUACUACAUUGCUGUCCUGACCCUCAUCUCUUUCUCCCUGGCUCUCCAGAUAGUGGCUGGAGUCCUGAUCAUCAUCAUUGGCCGUCGGGACCUGAAUAACGGCGCCCUGCAGAAACGUCUGGACUACCUGAACAACGUAACGACCAUCAUAGUCUUCAUCACCACAGUCCUCAACUUCUUCAUCAGUACAUUCGGCAUGCAGCGCACUGGACACUUUCCAUGGCUUAUGAUGCGCAUUCACUGACACGCCCACACACAUACACACCUUUGCUGCUUAUUACACCUUUAGACUGCACUACCAUACAGACACACUCACCAUAUCUCAUAAUAUGCUUACAUGUAGUGGACCUUCUGCCUUAACAACUGAUAGCUAUACAACAAUCUGGUUUUACCAGUUCUGUCUAAGAUGUUAACACAAGCUUAUUUUAUGAUUAAAUAACUUUAUAUAUUCAAAAUUAUAAUUAAAAAAAACUUUCUCUGAGUUAAUUAUAUGAAGCAAGUGCAUAAUAUGACCUGGAAAGGCCCGAGUGCCCUCCUUUUACAUGCUUUUAUCAGGUAAUGGUGACAUCUAGUAUCCAAUACAAGCCAGGAUCAUAAAAGCAUCCCUCAUCAACAUCAGCCUCAUCUAAUAGCUCCUCACGUCAGCAAACAACACCAACAAAUUUAAACACAUUUAAAAAAAGAAGAAGCAUGAAAUAUUUUUGUUAUGAUUCUGAAUGUUUGGUACCUUUUUUAUGUAAUAAGGACAAAGCUGCUUGCCCUAUCACAUUAAGGUCAGAGGUCAAGUUCUAGAGCAACUUGCUGAUGUUGGCUGACUUUACAGGAAACAUAUUGUAGGACAAAUAAGAUAAAAACACUAUGGGCUAUAGUAAUAAAGAGUAAUGACUUGCUUGUUUUUGUCUGUUUUGUGCAAUAAGGUAUAAGUUGCUGUUUUAGGAGGAAAACUUUUUUGAA